AUGGCAAACAACAAUGAACGCAACGAUCGCAUGUACAGAAACCGUGAUAGAUCUAUAUCUCCGAGAGAUAGGAAAGGCCGAGUCAGGUCUAGAUCCCCGAGAGAUCCCCAGAGAGGAAACGAGAAUAGGGCUGGCGCGAAUAAUCGAAACAAAAGUCAAGGCCAGAGCCAUAGCCGCAGUCUGCAGCAAGAGCGGGAGAGGAACGAAAGGCUCAGGGCUGUCCUCAACAGGGUAAAGAGAGAGUCUGCAGCCCGGGGAAUGAAUGAUGAUAGGAACCAAGCUCAAAACCAGGCCCAACCCAGAGCGGCUCGUAGACCAAACUCAAACUCUGCUCGUUCCGCCCGCCCCUACAUCCCUAAUUCUGCCCGCACCUCCAACGACUGGAUCGCCGACCGCGAACAACAGCGUCGUGCCCGCCGCAAUAACUAUGGCAGAGCCGAUAACCCUGUAGUCAUUGAAGACGACGAGCAGGAAGAUGUUCCAAGACCCGCCGCACCUCUUCUGCGCAAUGAAAAUCGCGAGGCCCCGAUUGUCGUCCAGGAUGCUCCGCGUGCGAGGAUUGCCGCUGCUGUUCCAGCUGAUGUUGCUCCAGCUGAUGUUGCUCCAGCUGAUGUUGCUCCAGCUGAUGUUGCUCCAGCUGAUGUUGCUCCAGCUGCCCCGAUUGUUGAUGCUCCAGUCGUUGCUCCAGUCGUUGCUCCAGUCGCGGUACCAGUCGCUGCACGAGUCGCUCCACGGGUCCCCGCUCCAGUCGCUCCACGGGUCGCUGUACCAGUUCCUGUGUCUCCAAUCCGAGCCUUCGCUGUCCGCCGCCGCCCCCCACCAGUUUUCCACCCCGCUCCUGCCGGCUACAAUCCUCAACCUCUCGGUCUUCUUCGCCCCAACGCACCUGUUUUCUUCGCUGCCCCACCUGUUCCCCAGGACGACAUUCAUUUCCCCCCCCCUCCUCCGUACAUGGGCCCAUUCCACCAGCCGAGAGGCAACGUGAUCAUGGAGCCUCGCAAUUUUGGGGGGGGGAUGUUCGCGCGCCGGGAUUAUGGCGAACCGCCGGGGAUUCUUUAUUACGAUGAUGGUCCGAUGGAGCGAGCUCAUUAUUUUUAUGACCCUCCUGCUCAUCCUCCUGUUGCUCCUGCUCAUCCUCCUGUUGCUCCUGCUCAUGCCCCUGCUCAUGCCCCUGCCCGCCCAGCAGUUGUAGCGCCAGCAGAUGAGGCGCCAGCAGAUGAAGCCCCCGGGCCACCACCAGACCGCCGCCGCUUGCAAGAAUACAAUGUUCUCCCCGUCCCCGUCAACCUCGGCUUCCCCCACGAAUGGACCCGUAUCCACGACGAGAGCCUCGCAACGCUCCUCCGCGCCCGCAUCGAGGUACAUACCGCGCGCUGGCUCGCCAUCACAAACGCCAACAACGGUCUCCGCGACGCCCAUCCCAACCACCACCACCUUGCGCCCCCAGAGCCCUUCGAGAGCGACACCUUCACGGACCCCGGCGAUGACGACGAGGAGCUCGACGCCCCAGAGGUGCCCGAGGGCGAGCACUGCAACACCUGCAUGGACAGGCGCGCGAACGUGCAGUUCAACUGCCGCGGCAGGGUUGGCGGCGAGCCGCAUUCGGCGUGCACGCGCUGUGUCAUGGAGAUAUGGCGGGCCAAGGUCGGCAUGGGCCGGAUUGAGCGGGACCUGAAUCCGCUGGCGUCGUACUUGGUGUGCCCGGUGUGUAGGGCCCACGUGACCCAGUUGACGGCGGAUAAUGAGCUGGGCGAGUUUUCGGAGGCGAUGGUCGCAGGCAGGUAUGUGCCGGUGGUGGAGGGGCAGGAGACGGAGUGGGUUUCUAUCAGGCCGUGGAUCGCGAGGCGGUCGCAGAGGUAUGCGAAGAGGAUUGAGAGGCAGGUUGGGGGGGGUAGGGGUCGGAGAGCGGGUUGGGCGCCGUAUUGA